AUGUCCCACGCCAAUAUCGCUCGCUUGAUCAUUGCCAAGCGCUUCGUCGCCGCGAUUAGUGUGUCGAACUCGUCGCCAUCAUCGCUUUCGAUGAUAUCCUCGGCAAGCCAGGCAUCUCGAAGUUCCUCAUUGACAAUCUUGUAUGCGGCGGCCCGAGGCUCCAAGGAUAACAAAGAGCAUGGUGAGCUUGGUGCCGUCUACCCGCGCCGUGAGAACGACUGUCAUUCGCAAUGGAGUGCUACUCUCCAGACGAAAUCUUCGCGCCACCACCACAAGCCCUUCUCAUCGACAUUGUACACGGUAUUGUCGGUACAAGCGGUGGAACGCUUCGGCGAACUCGUCUCGGACCUCGAUGAAGGCCGCCUAGGACUACUUGCCGCGACCGGCUUUGCGACGAGAUAUGCCAUGACGGUCGCAGAAGCAUUCAGGCAGACGCAGUAUGCCUUGGUAGCCGGUGCCAUGUACUUUCCCGGCAAGAUACGCCACCGGUUCAGGGAAGCUUUCGGGGCGACCGCCUGGGCUCAGCUUCAUACGCUUCUUGUUGCCGUCGAAGGCAAGUAUGUCAUCCUUUUGGUCGAUCCGCGACCGAAUGGUGCGACGUGGGAUGUCAAGAAGUUUAGAGACGUUGUGUACGUUGCAGGACUCUACGAGCUCGAGCACUUGUAG